UGUUAUUCGUAGCUGCUACGAGCAAAGUGAUCGUUAUUUGCAGUAUAAAAGGUUUAUUUGCGUAGAAGUUUAUAACAUUCGUAUGAUAUUUAUAAGUAAUACUGUGUUUGGUUUUACAAUCGAAGUUGAAUUUGGUAGUAUUGAGAAGUGCAUAAAUAUCAACAAAAUUGUAGGUUUAUACACAUAUUUACGAGUUUGGUCGGUAAGGAAGGAAAGACGAUAACUGUUGAAAAGUAAAGAGGAACGUGUUUCGUUUCGGGGCCAGCUAGUAGACUCAUCAACAACAAGGCUUCCUAGCAGGCCCCUAGGGUUGGAUACUAGAAUAGGAAAAAUCAGAUCGUAUAUUAUUUAACGUAACUGGUGGCAAAACAAUCGUUAGCGAGAAUCGCUUCUGGUGGCAGGCGUAGGAGUGUCCAUAUUUGUUUAUGGCCAUUGGCACGUGCGACUAUAUAAAAUCGAAAUUGAUCGACAGGGAAGUUUCUUAAUUGUUGCUAUACUCGCGAUAAAGAUAAGGGAGAGAUUCGUAUUUUUUUAAUGGAAAAUAUAUUUUGUUCAGUUCAUACGAUUUAACAGUACAAUAAAAUAUUUAUAUCUUCCACGUUGUCCGUUCAGCGUUCCUUCUUUUUGGUUGCCUAUAUUCAUCUUUUUAACGUUGCGUCUUUAUUUCGAGUGCCGCGCCAUUCCGCGGCCGUCACCAGAGGGUUUCUGUCCGUGGUGUCGCCACGAUAUAAUAACGUAUUUCGCGUAUAAACAGUGUGUGAAGCUGGUCUUAACCUUGUACAUAACGUUUCGCAUUCGACGUUACAAUAUAUUAAUCAUCAGCUACAUAAAAUUGUAAAAGUAGUUGAAAAAGAUCCAAAUUGAAGAAGAUUACAAUGAGCCCAUUAAAUCGAGGACCUCUGCUAGGGCCAAGAGUUAUACGUACACCCGCUAUUAUACCGCCACCGCCUCCUAGAUUUGGUGGUAGACUUCCACCUCCUGGUUUACCACCAAGAAUGCCACCACCUCCGAUGAAUCCUGUUUUUGGACCAAUAAGACAAAGAUUACCACCGCCACCACGACCAGGAGUAAGUCGACCUAGUGGACCCAUGCCAUUGUUUGGUCCAAGAGUCAGAGGGAUGGCUCCUAUGGUUCCGCCGAUGGGCUUAAGAGGUGUAGGACCUAGAGGACCAUUAAUGAGGCCUUGGCAUAGGAGAGCAUUACCUCCUCAGAUAUUAUCUCAUAUGAGACCAAGAUUUUCUAUUGGCAAUGGCAAUGCAAAAGGCAAAGCACUGAAUAAUGUGAAAAAAGUCAGUAAACUUGAAGAAUUAGAACUAAAGAAGCCAUGGAUGACUGAUGAAAUUCGAAGUGAAAUACAAAAGAAAAAUAAGCUGUAUGCUAAAGCAAAAAAGAAUAAAGAUGCAAAAGAGUGGGAAGAAUUUAAGGAUUUAAGAAAUAAAGUAACAAGGAUGAUCAGAGAUGCUAAAAAUGAUUAUCUUGCAAAACAUCCAGAACAGGCUCAUCUUUAUCCAAGUGAUGAAGAACCAUAUGAUCAAAGAGACGAAAAUUAUACCAGUUCAGAGGAUAAUGAAUCAUUUUAUUGUGAAAUGUGUGAUAAAGAUUUUUCAUCCGAGGAUGCUCUUUCUGAACAUAAAAGAGAACACAAACUUUGCGGUAUUGAUGGAUGUACUUUCUCUGCUCAUCCAUUACUAGUUGAAAGGCACAUUACUAUGCAACACAGUACUGGUUUGUACCAUAAAAUAAAAAAUGUAUCAACUCCCGAAGAGAUUGAAAAAUGGAUAAUGGAGCGAAAGAGAAAAUAUCCUACAAAAAAUAAUAUUGAAUUGCGAAAAGCGGAAGAAAUGGAAAAAAUCCAAAGAGGAGAAAUAAUUAAAAAACAAGAGACUACUAAACAGAGAAGAAAAAAAUUUAUACGUUCUAAUAAUCGUAAAAGGACAACAAAAAGAGAAAUUAUUAAGAUAUCUAAUAAUUUUAUAGAACAAAGUGAGAAAUAUAGAGGUUUAUAUAAAUUUUCUGGAACAUCAAGCUUAAAAAAUGAAGAAUUACAUAUGGAAGAUCAAUUUAAAGGUGAAAUUGAAAAUGAUUGUGAAAGAAAUAUUAAUUGCAUUUCUGAUGAAGAAGAAACAGAUACAUUAUCAAAAUCUACUAUUGCUGUUUGUAAUGUACCCAAUUUAGUAGCAGAUUAUGGAAGUACUUCCGAAGAAAGUGAUGCACCUGAAGAAAUACCAUUUAAGAAAACAAAAUUGGAUAAUGACGCAAUAGAAGAAAGUAAUGUAGUGAAAGAAAUAGUUGUCCAGAAUAAUUUACAGUUAAUAGAUACAAAUCCUAUAUCUAAAUUUAAACGGUCUAGUACAUUAAAUCAAAAUUCAAAAAAUAAAGAACAAAAAAUAACAAUUAAUAGAAAACAACCAUACACAUCGCAAUUAUUGCAAAAAUUACUUUCAAGAUCUAUUCAACACGAAAGAAAUUUAAUUUGUCAAUGUGUAAAAUAUAUAGUAGAUAAUAAUUUUUUUGAUUAAAAUUUUCUAAUUAUAUGCAU